ACGAGCUGAGUAGAAAAUUACUGCCAAAGAAAUUCAAUUAUAUUCAAAAUCCUAGGUUUUACCAAGAUUUGCUGAAGAACAUCUUGUACUAAAGGCAAACUUUACUUCACCAAAUGGAGCAAUGCAUCAACACUGACACAGGAUGAGUCACUUAUGUGGUGUGGCUGAAGACCUAUAUAAGUGAGUGGUGGUCUUCACCAAGUGCAUUUUUUACCAAGAUGACUAAAGCGAUCAGCCUGCUGCUCUCAGUAACUCUGAUAAGCUUGGCACUGACUGGUGCAUUCGGAGCUGAUAUCAUCAAUGGCAAAAAGGCUAAGAAGAGCUCUUUGCUGUACAUGGCAUCAGUGCAGAUUAAUGGAGAACACAAAUGUGGAGGAUUUCUGAUUGAUCCAAGUUACGUGCUCACGGCUGCACACUGCAAUAAACAAGGCAAUAUGAGUGUGAUCCUGGGAACCCAUGACAUCAGUCCAAAAGGGACAAAUGUGAAACGUUACAGAGUGCAAAAUAAGCAUAUACAUCCAUCCUACAAAUCUGUAAAAACUGGGAAAGACAUCAUGCUUCUAAAGCUGUACAAGAAGGUGAAGAUAGGCAAAGAUGUAAAACUCGUCACAAUCCCGAGCAAGGACAAACCGCUGAAACCGAAGUCCAAGUGUCUGGUUGCAGGAUGGGGGAAAACUGAAAAAGACAACACUGUGAACGAUCUUCUGGUGACAGAUGUGUUGACUAUCAACAAAACCGUCUGCCAAUCAGUGUGGAAAAAAAUCAAUGUUGAACUGCCUGACAAUAUUCUCUGUGCUGGAGGCUAUGAGACCAAAAGUGGCGCUUGCCAGGGGGAUUCAGGUGGGCCGCUGGUGUGCAGUGGACAAGCAGUGGGCAUCGUCUCUUUCAACAUGGGCCGCUGCGACUACCCCAAUACUCCAAAUAUUUACACUCAGAUUUCCAAAUACACCCACUGGAUAAAAAAGGUGAUCCGUGGAGGUUCCUGAUGCCUGUGUUAACCUCACCUGUAUCAAAAUAAACUUUUAUGGUACCACUUAUAUGCUACAGAUUAAACAUUGUAAUAAAUGUGAGAAAACAACAAUAAAAACUCAAUGACUUCCUUCUUUUAAAGUGCCACUUCAGAGAGAGUGAAACUGUUCGAGGGGCUGUUUGAUUCUCAACCGCAGCUAAAGCACACUGACAUCAACCACAUCCUAAGUUACAAAACUGUCUUGUCUUUUAAAAAUUUAUGCA